AGUUUCUUUUUUACAUUACUGCAGAAAGGUUUCUUAACUCGUCGUCGGUUAACUUAGCUGAUCGUUUCAGCUAAAUAAAAUAGCAGUGAAAAUUCCUUAAGCACGUUCAUGAGUUGAAAUACAAAUGCAUAUACGGCACUUUGGAAGUGAUUCGUGGUUUAACCUGUGAUGAAAUAAUCGUGUUUGGUUAAAUACAAUACAGAAGAUUCAGAACAAUGGUCUACCCUGAAGAACCUUUUUGGGUUUUGCCAACGGUAACUGGAUUCUACGAAGAUAGAGACUAUAGAGUUAAUGUGGUUGAAGCCCUACAAGAGUUUUGGCAAAUGAAGCAAUCCCGUGGAGCGGAAUUGAAAAACGGAGCUCUAGUAAUUUAUGAAUCUAUCCCAUCGAAUAGCCAGCCAUAUAUUUGUUUUGUGACUUUGCCUGGAGGAAGCUGCUUUGGAAGUUUUCAAAAUUGUCCAACUAAGGCAGAGGCUCGACGCAGUUCCGCAAAGAUUGCUUUAAUGAACUCGGUUUUCAACGAACAUCCGUCGCGUCGAAUAAGCGACGAGUUUAUUCAAAAAGCUGUACAAGAUGCUCGAACUUCAUUUAAAGGGACAUCUCAAACCAAUGAAGGAGCAGAAUCCGGAAUAGGAGCAUUUAGGUUCAUGUUGGAAGCGAAUAAGGGAAGAACAAUGUUGGAGUUCCAGGAGCUAAUGACUGUGUUCCAGCUCCUUCACUGGAACGGAUCGCUAAAAGCCAUGCGCGAACGGCACUGCUCAAGGCAGGAAGUGGUGGCUCAUUAUUCCAAUCGUAGCUUGGACGACGAAAUGCGCUCUCAAAUGGCGUUAGAUUGGAUUGCCCGAGAACACGACAGUCCUGGCGUCAUCCGUAGAGAGCUCGUGGCGGCGGAGAGAGAACUUGAGACUUUCCGCAUGGCUGGCCGUGAACUCCGAUUCCCGAAGGAGAAAAAGGACAUUUUAAUGAUAGCUCACAAUCAACUGGGCGGUAGUGCCCUUAACUCAACUUCCAUUGAUGAUUAAUCUAAAGAUAAUGAGCAAAAUGCGCGAUCAAAUUCAAACAAUAUUUUAGAUAAAUCCCUUACUUUCACUUUGAGUAAUUAUCAAUAUUUAUUCAAUUGGCAUACCAUAUGAUCUCCAUGAUGAAAAACACGCGGAAUUAUUAUUUGAAAAAAUAUUACAUUUCCCCUAAAGAACUUCCAAAUUAAAAAUAAUUUUAAUAAGAUUGUUAUGUCGGAUUCUUUAAUGAGAGAAAUUUAUAAAUUGAUUUUAUUUUAACAUUGUAGUUAUUUUUCUCUGCAGAUUUUUGUCUUUAUUAUACUAUUUCAUUCUCUUUUAAAUUCAUGAAGUCAAAAUCCUUGAAAUCUUUAGAUUAUUUAUUAAAAAUAAUUGAAACAUUAAAUAUUCCGGCAUAACCUCUCUUCAAUCGUUAAAAAUGUGAUUUUUAAAACAGCUACUACAAAAAUAAGACUAAACCCAAUAAAUUAACU